GAUCUCCUAACAUCUUUAGGGAUUACUCCGGAUUACAUGAUUAGUCAUUCUGCUGGCGAACUGGGUUGCGCGUAUGCGGAUGAAUGUCUCACCAUUGAACAAACUAUUUUAUCAGCAUAUUUCAUUGGUUUAGCUUGCACCGAAAAAAAUAUAAUUCAUAGUUCUAUGGCAGUUGUGAGUUUGGAUUACGAGAGUCUUAAAAAUAUUUGUCCAACGGAUAUUGAAAUAAUAUGCAGCAAUAGCGAAAGCAGUAGCGUUGUGAGUGGACCCACAAAAUCCAUACAAGAAUUUAUUAAAAAAUUACAGGUUAAUAAUAUUUAUAUGAAAGAGAUCUACUGUAACGUGCCAUAUCACAGUUCUUAUCUCGCAUCCGUAGAAUCUCAACUUUUGUUUAAUUUGAACAAAAUAAUAUCAUGUCCGAAAAAACGAAGUCCAAAGUGGAUCAGCACUUCCAUACCUCGUGCCGAAUGGCACACUUCAGCAUCAAAAUUAUCAUCGGCGGAAUAUCAUACAUUUAGUAUAUUAAAUACUGUUCUUUUUGAACAAGCAAGGCAUUUAAUUCCAAGUAACGCUGUGACCAUUGAGAUCGCACCAGACAGCGUUCUGCAGCAAGUUUUGGAGAAAUCUUUGCAUCCAGAGGUUACAAACAUUUUAUUGACUCGACGCACUGAACAAAACAAUAAUGUAAUUUUUCAAGGAAUAGGGAAACUUUACAACUGUGGCUUGCAACCACAAGUUGCUAAUUUAUAUCCGCAAGUAACAUUACCAGUUAGCCGAGGAACUCCUAUGAUCUCCCCAUCGAUCAGGUACAAGAUACAUGUUAUCGUAAUCAUAAAAUAGACUACAAUAAAAUUACAUACAU